CACUCUUCUUGCGAGCGGCCUCCCGCCGCCUCCCUAGCCCGGGGCUGCGGGGCCUGACCUCCAAAUUCUCAGCAGCUAUGCCGGGCCCGCAGACCGGGAGCAGAGCCCGCGUGUAUGCCGAUGUAAACAGCCUGAGGAGCCGCGAAUACUGGGACUACGAGGCGCACGUCCCGAACUGGGGGAACCAGGAGGACUAUCAGCUGGUGCGGAAACUCGGCCGUGGCAAAUACAGCGAAGUGUUCGAGGCGAUAAACAUCACCAAUAAUGAGAGGGUCGUGGUGAAGAUCCUGAAGCCGGUGAAGAAGAAGAAGAUAAAGCGGGAGGUGAAGAUCCUGGAGAACCUGCGAGGGGGCACCAACAUCAUCCGCCUGCUGGACACCAUCAAGGAUCCAGUGUCCAAGACUCCGGCUCUCGUGUUUGAAUACAUCAAUAAUACAGACUUCAAGCAGCUCUACCAGAUCCUGACCGACUAUGACAUCCGAUACUACAUGUACGAGCUGCUGAAGGCUCUGGAUUACUGCCACAGUCAGGGUGUGAUGCACCGAGAUGUGAAGCCGCACAACGUCAUGAUAGACCACCAGCAGAAGAAGCUGCGGCUCAUAGACUGGGGAUUGGCGGAGUUCUAUCACCCGGCGCAGGAGUACAACGUACGCGUCGCCUCCCGAUACUUUAAGGGUCCGGAGCUGCUGGUUGAUUAUCAGAUGUACGACUACAGCCUGGACAUGUGGAGCCUCGGGUGCAUGCUGGCCAGUAUGAUAUUCCGGAAGGAGCCAUUCUUCCACGGUCAGGACAACUAUGACCAGUUGGUGCGCAUUGCCAAGGUGUUGGGCACUGAUGACUUGUACGGAUAUCUGAAGAAGUACCACAUAGAGCUGGACCCGCACUUCAAUGACAUCCUGGGACAACAUUCCCGGAAGCGCUGGGAGAAUUUCCUGCACAGUGAGAACAGGCACCUGGUCAGUGCGGAGGCUCUGGACAUGCUGGACAAGUUACUGCGCUAUGACCACCAGCAGAGGCUGACCGCACGUGAGGCCAUGGAGCACCCCUACUUCUAUCCGGUGGUGAAGGAACAGCCGGCAGCUCCGACGGACAGUAACCUGCUCCCGGGCAGCCUGUCCGCGGCACGAUGAGAACUGGGGAUUGUGGGAUGCCGCUGCUGAUGUCAUCUGGUUUUCGUGGGCGGAGCCAGGACUAUGUACCGGAGCACUCCCUGGUUUUGGCUGCAGUGGAUGUGGACGUUAUGACCCAGCAGCACCUGAACCCACUUCUCUAAUUUCACUAAGCUGAUGGACUGGUCGGAGCCCCGCACGAUCCCUGGGGGACCACCCCCGAGGACGGGAAGCGUCUGUAUACCUGGAGUUAACCCUUUGCCUUCUGGACAGAGCUUCCUUGUAGGGUUGUCAGGUCAAACCAGGGUGUGCUGGGCCCAGCUGUAGAUAGUGGUGGAGCUGGGGUCCCCCCUGCCCCCCAUUCCUGUGAUGUCACAGGGUGGAAGCAGCAAUACCCCUUUCCCCCCCCCCCCCCCCCCUCCCACCCCCCCAUCAUUCACCAGUAUCCAGGGACAUUUUUAGUUCUGGUGCCAAGAUCCCGGGCGCUGCCGGUGAGGGGGAGCGGGGGCCGUGACCCCUGUGUGGUGCCCUGCCCCCGCUCUCCGGUGAUGCGGUGUACGUUAUAAGCUACCUCGGAGACCAGGGCCUGGUGUAUGUUCAGAUCUGCUGUGCAAUGCAUUCUGGGAUGUUAUGAAAUACACUUCUCUGUGUGAAGGAAA